GAGUCUUGUGUAAACUGAUAGGACAGAUAGGCUCUAUGUUUUUAAGGAAGGAAUAUGGAAUUAUUUGAAUUUAGCUUUUACCGAUCACAUAAAAAGUAUGGGACGUUAAAUUUGCAUUUGCCUCCGAGACUGUGAGGCAUGAGCUGCAAAUUAAAAGACAUCAUAUGAGCCUUGCAUCAAUUAGGAUGAAAUAAAGUUUAUUCCAGCAAUCUGCUUAGCAGCCUUGUUAAUGUCAAGGCUAAUGAAUGCUGCUGAUGAAUAAAUUCCUGAAGAAGAAAGGACCCCCAAUCGGAGGUAAGUGCAUGAUGUCUUCAAUUAGAGACCAGAAAAAGAAAGGGCAAAGAAAUUCUGUGCAUAUGAAGAUAAAUCCUCUAAUUUGCAUUUGUUAUAACGUUAUCAGCUGCCUUCUUUUUCUGACUAGGGUCAUAAUAUUUAUGGGUUUGAACUGGAGGUACUACUGCAGAGAAUUAAUGUGUGCAAAGCUCCUCACUGGUCCAAGAUAGGUCGACUGAAGCGAUCCAACAUGCCAAAGCUUGGGGGCCGGAGUGGAUUUGGUGAAAGAAAUGCUACCUGUGGUCGAAUGAUCUGUGAUGUGGAAAUUUCAGCAAAGGAAUUGAUUCGUUGUAAAAGCUACCAUCUGUCUGAACUUGUUCAGCAGAUUCUAAAAACUGAAAGGGCUGUAAUCCCAGUGGAAAAUAUACGAAAUAUGUACAGUGAAUCUUCUCAACUGUUGUACCUGUUGAAACACACCUGGGAAGAUGCCAAGUUCAUUUUGCAGAUCAUGUGUGAGCUAAAUGUUCUUCCAUUAGCAUUGCAGAUCACUAACAUCGCUGGGAACAUUAUGUCCAGGACGCUGAUGGGUGGACGAUCCGAGCGUAACGAGUUCUUGUUGCUUCAUGCAUUUUAUGAAAACAACUAUAUUGUGCCUGACAAGCAGAUUUUCCGAAAGCCUCAGCAAAAACUGGGAGAUGAAGAUGAAGAAAUUGAUGGAGAUACCAAUAAAUACAAGAAAGGACGUAAGAAAGCAGCUUAUGCUGGAGGCUUGGUUUUGGACCCCAAAGUUGGUUUUUACGAUAAGUUCAUUUUGCUUCUGGACUUCAACAGUCUUUAUCCUUCCAUCAUUCAGGAAUUUAACAUUUGUUUUACAACAGUACAAAGAGUUGCUGCAGAGGCACAGAAGAUUACAGAGGAUGGAGAACAAGAACAGAUCCCUGAGUUGCCAGAUCCAAACUUAGAAAUGGGCAUUUUGCCCAGAGAGAUCCGGAAACUGGUAGAACGGAGAAAACAAGUCAAACAGCUAAUGAAACAGCAAGACUUAAAUCCAGACCUUAUUCUUCAGUAUGACAUUCGACAGAAGGCUUUGAAGCUCACAGCGAACAGUAUGUACGGUUGCCUGGGAUUUUCCUAUAGCAGAUUUUAUGCCAAACCACUGGCUGCCUUGGUGACAUACAAAGGAAGGGAGAUUUUGAUGCAUACAAAAGAGAUGGUACAAAAGAUGAAUCUUGAAGUUAUUUAUGGAGAUACAGAUUCCAUUAUGAUAAACACGAAUAGCACCAAUCUGGAAGAAGUAUUUAAGUUGGGAAACAAGGUAAAAAGUGAAGUGAAUAAGUUGUAUAAACUACUUGAAAUAGACAUUGAUGGGAUUUUCAAGUCUCUGCUACUGCUGAAAAAAAAAAAAUAUGCUGCUCUGGUUGUUGAGCCAACAUCGGACGGGAAUUAUAUCACCAAACAGGAGCUCAAAGGAUUAGAUAUAGUUAGAAGAGAUUGGUGUGAUCUUGCUAAAGACACUGGAAAGUUUGUGAUUGGCCAGAUCCUUUCUGAUCAAAGCCGCGACACUAUAGUAGAAAACAUUCAGAAGAGGCUAAUAGAAAUUGGAGAGAAUGUGCUAAAUGGCAGUGUCCCAGUGAGCCAGUUUGAAAUUAACAAGGCAUUGACAAAGGAUCCCCAGGAUUACCCUGAUAAAAAAAGCCUACCUCAUGUACAUGUUGCCCUCUGGAUAAAUUCUCAAGGAGGCAGAAAGGUGAAAGCUGGAGAUACUGUGUCAUAUGUCAUCUGUCAGGAUGGAUCAAACCUCACUGCAAGUCAGAGGGCCUAUGCGCCUGAGCAGCUGCAGAAACAGGAUAAUCUAACUAUUGACACCCAGUACUACCUGGCCCAGCAGAUCCACCCAGUCGUGGCUCGGAUCUGUGAACCAAUAGACGGAAUUGAUGCUGUCCUCAUUGCAACGUGGUUAGGACUUGACCCCACUCAAUUUACAGUUCAUCAUUAUCAUAAAGAUGAAGAGAAUGAUGCUCUACUUGGGGGCCCAGCACAGCUCACUGAUGAAGAGAAAUACAGGGACUGUGAAAGAUUCAAAUGUCGAUGCCCUACAUGUGGAACUGAGAAUAUUUAUGAUAAUGUCUUUGAUGGUUCGGGAACCGAUAUGGAGCCCAGCUUGUAUCGUUGCAGUAACAUCGAUUGUAAUGCUUCACCUCUGACCUUUACAGUACAACUGAGCAACAAAUUGAUCAUGGACAUUAGACGUUUCAUUAAAAAGUACUACGAUAUAACAUUUUCUAAGAAACACAAUGCUGAUUUAAGGUCAUAGGCAUAGUCUUAUCAC